CAAAGAAGGAAAGACGGGCCUGGCUGCGCUGCUCUUAUUCAAAUACAUUUCCCACAAACGAUUCGGCAUUUUUUUUUUUUUAUAAAAUAUUUUAUAACAUAUCUAAUCAUGCACAGAAAGGGGGUCGGUUUGCGGCUGUCUGCGUGCAUUCUGUUUCUCGGUUUGCUGUGUGGAGUCUGGGCUGACGGUUUAGUGAAUGAAGAGGUGAAGCGGACUGUGGAUCUCAGCACACACCUGGCUAAAAUAUCUGCCGAGAUCCUUCUCUCAAAUAAUGGCAGAACCUCUGCGCAGAGUUUUAUUCUUGCACUGGAACCUGAAUUCGUCCCGCAUCUCGCUUACUUCGGAGCAUCUGUGAAAGGUGAAGAAGAUGAAGACGAAGCUUUAGAACUGAAGGAGACUUCCAUCAAAGGACAGAGUGGUACAUUCUUCCAAGUGCAGCUGCCCUCUGCCCUGGCAGCAGGCGCCAAACUGCGGCUUAAAGUGGAGACUGUGCUUAGCCACGUGCUCACGCCGUUCCCCAGCCAUAUCACCCAAGCUGAAAGGCAGCUGGUUGUCUUCCAGGGCAAUCACUAUCACUUCUCACCCUACCCAACUCGCAGCCAGACGACCCGUGUACGCCUCACCUCCAAAGCCGCGGAGAGCUACACCAAGCUGGGCAACCCAACCAAGAACGAGGAUGCGAUUGAGUAUGGCCCGUUUAAGGACAUUCCUGCCUUUAGCCAGGACACCAUGAAGAUCCACUAUGAAAACAACUCGCCCUUCCUGACCAUCUCCAGCCUCACUCGCACCAUUGAGGUUUCCCACUGGGGCAACAUCGCUGUGGAAGAAACUAUUGACCUCAGACAAACAGGAGCCUACCUGAAGGGAGCAUUCUCUCGCUAUGACUACCAGAGGCAGUCUGACAGUGGCGUUUCUUCAGUCAAGUCCUUCAAGACAAUCCUCCCUGCCUCUGCUCAAGACGUGUACUACCGUGAUGAGAUCGGCAACAUCUCCACCUCUCACCUGCAGGUUCUGGAGGACUCCGUUGAGGUCGAAGUCCGUCCCCGCUUUCCCCUCUUCGGGGGCUGGAAGACGCACUACGUUAUCGGCUACAAUUUGCCCAGCUAUGAGUAUCUUUACACACUGGGUGAACAGUAUGCCCUGAAAAUGCGGCUGGUUGAUCACGUUUAUGAUGAUCAAGUUAUCGACCAGCUCACCGUCAAACUCGUCCUCCCAGAAGGAGCCAGGAAUGUUCACUUGGAGACUCCCUACGACAUUGAGCGAGGCACUGACCAGCUGCACUACACUUACCUGGAUACUUUUGGCAGGACUGUGCUGGUGGCCACCAAGAAGAACCUGGUGGAACAGCACAUUCAGGACAUGGUGGUUCACUACACCUUUAAUAAGAUCCUGAUGCUGCAGGAACCCUUGCUGGUGGUCGGGGCAUUCUACAUCCUCUUCUUCACAGUCAUUAUUUACGUUCGUCUAGACUUCUCCAUCACUAAGGACCCUGCGGCUGAAGUACGUAUGAAGGUGGCCUCCAUCACUGAGCAGGUCCUGACUCUGGUAAACAAGAGACUGGGUCUGUACCGACAAACCGAUGAGGUGGUAAACCGCUACAAGCAGUCACGCGACAGCGGUGCUCUUAACGCCGGGCGUAAGCAUCUGGAGGCCGAGCAUCGCACCCUCACUAAUGAGAUUGCAGCCUUGCAAUCCCGGCUCAAAACCGAGGGCUCUGACCUCGCCGAUAAGGUGGGCGAGAUCCAGAAGUUGGACGGGCAGGUGAAGGAUCUGGUAAUGCAGUCGUGCCAGGACUCUGAGCGCCUGGUCACCGGGAAGGUGAAGAAGGAGGCGUACAUCACGUCGGAGAAAACCCUGACCGGCAAGAGACAGGAGCUGAUUACACGUAUCGAUAACCUUCUUGACGCUCUGUAAAUCAAACCACCUACACACACAGUGCUGUUGUAUACUGAUCACUCAGCCAAAUUACACCCCGACCCCUCUCAUACACACUCUGUUUACUUUUUCAUCCAAGAGAGCACUGGGCCACCUUAAAGUGUGUACGAUGCCUUUUUAAGCAGUAGGCAGUGUGAGAGGGCUUUUCAACAUGUGCUACAAGAUACAGAGUUACUUAAAAUGAGAUUUGCUUCUGAUUCUUUGUUGUUGUUUUGGGUUUUUUAUGCACAUCGUCCAUUUUGGGAUUUAUAAGCCAGUUAUUCCAUUUCCAGCAUCAUUGGCACUUCGUUUCUAAAAAUGUUUUCUGUGCUGCCCUGAACCAAAUGCUCUGAAGCUCGAAAAACAAGGAUAGCACGUUACUACAUUUUCAGAUGAUUUGUUUUCCUUUCGUAUGAUUUUUUUUCUUUUUUUGUAAAGAAUGCGGUUGAUUACCAGAUUAAAGGAAGAAUAAAAGAGAUUUGUGUGUUGGGGUGUAAAAUGCAAAGUUUUGCAAAAUGCAGUGUCAAAAUGUGACUUGAAAUAAAACAAUCUUGUUAUAAA